GUGGCACCUGUUCACACCAAAGAGACAAUCRCCUACCUUGAUGUUAAAGUGUCUGAGCACAGACAGAGACUACGUGAGCUUAUCCCAGAUUAGCAAAGCARGAUGGCAGGACGAGKAACUUUUAGAGUCCUCUUUGGAGGUGAAGACGAUGCAAGAAAACUCACCAUUGAAUCUGGAAUACCAAACACUGUGGAGGAAUUUGCACUUCAAAUAAAGACUUUCUUCCAAGUGACUGAGCCAUUCAGACUUCAGUACAGAGACAGAGAAAUGGAUGAUCAGUUCAUGAACCUCUCAUCAACUUCAGAACUUGAAGAUAAAGCCACUGUGAAAGUUGUGUACAUACCUUCUGAGACAACCAGCUCUAAUCCACUCUCAAGGGAUGCCAGUCCCAUAAUCCCAGGUACUCCAUCCAGUGUCAGCUCCUCAUCACAUCAAGCAAAUGAUUCAGACUCCUGCAGCAGCAAUGAUACUAUCAUCUUGUCAUCACCCGAGACCCGGUCCUGUUUUUGGCCCAAAGUCUUUGUUGUUCCUCGCUUCUCAUACUUUGCCGAGAUGAUACUUCACUCUGGAAAUAAUGAGUUCAAUGCACACGGAACUUUGUUGUCUCCUACCCCAAAAACACGUUCUGAUAUUCUUGAGGGCCUAGCUGAAGAAAUCAUGAAGUAUACAGCAUAUCCAAAGGAUGAGCAGUUAGAAGAAGUGGCCAAGGCUCUGAUACAGUCCCACCCAUGUCUGUUGGAGAAAGGCACUCRCAGUGGCUACUGCGGUUGGAAGCACUACUUGAAAAUAAAGAUGAUGAACUUCAGAUCAAAGCUCAGCCGAGCUGGACAUUCUGAGGUUGCAGUCAACUCUCUGAAGAAUAAACGGAAAGGCCAGGAGAAGCCAGCGGCCAACAUCAAGAAGCCCAGGAAGGCAGAAGUUAAUUUCUGUCCAAACAUACCCAGAGGUGAAACAACAGAGAGUAUGGAGGCGGAAAGGGUGGCUCUACUGACAGAGGUAAAAAAGAAGAAAAAGGAUGAGGCUGAGAUCAAGAAGAAGAUGCAACAUWCCUUCUCGAUCAGAAGGCAGGAGGUUCUCCAGGAGCCAGCAAUUCCAGAGUUCCUAAGCAGAUGGCCAGCACUCUUUGAUGUCAGUGAGAUCAACUUGGAGUUUAUGCGACUGACAACUGUACCUCUGACCUCCAAAUUCCUUGGAGAACUGGACCGUCAGACAGACAACCUGAUCAAGGUUUUCAAUGCCAAAGGUGGAACUGCAGGAAGAAAGAUCACCGCCAUAAUGGCCCAGAUGGAUAAU